UGAAGAAAAAAGUAUAAGUAAAAGCAGAAGAGAGAAGAGUAAGGGGAAGAAGACAAGUAACUAAAAAUGGCGGUGACGGAAGAAGAGAAGCGAAACGCAACGGUUGAGAUCUCCGGGUUACGUUUCACGUAUCCUGGAAUCGACGGUCAUCCACCUCCGGGAUCGAAACCACUUAUAGAAGAUUUCUCAAUCACGCUCAAUUCAAGCGAUCGUUGUCUCCUCGUCGGAUCUAAUGGCGCCGGGAAAACAACGAUUCUGAAGAUAUUGGGAGGAAAACAUAUGGUGGAGCCUCACAUGGUUAGGGUUCUGGGUCGCUCCGCGUUUCACGAUACCGGAUUGACAUCUUCUGGUGAUCUCUGCUAUCUCGGUGGAGAGAGAACAUUGUUUUCCUCUCUUUUUUUCCAGUGGAGGCGUGAUGUUGCAUUUGCAGGAUUUGAAGUUCCGAUUCAAAUGGAUAUUUCAGCGGAGAAAAUGAUAUUUGGAGUGGCUGGUAUUGAUCCUAAGAGAAGAGAUGAGUUGAUCAAGGUGUUGGAUAUUGAUAUCUCAUGGAGAUUGCACAAGGUAUCAGAUGGCCAAAGAAGACGUGUCCAGAUUUGUAUGGGACUCCUCAAGCCAUUCAAGGUUCUCCUAUUAGAUGAAAUAACUGUUGACCUUGACGUACUCGCAAGAGCCGACCUUUUGCAAUUUCUAAGAAAGGAAUGUGAUGAACGAGGAGCAACCAUAAUCUACGCGACUCAUAUAUUUGAUGGCCUAGAGGAUUGGCCAACACACAUUGUGUAUGUCGCUAACGGGAAAUUGCAGCUAGCAUUGCCAAUGGAGAAAGUGAAGGAGACGAGCAAGAAGUCACUGAUGAGAACAGUUGAGGCUUGGCUCAGGAAAGAAAGAGAUGAAGAGAGGAAGAGAAGAAAAGAGAGGAAAGCAAAUGGGCUUCCGGAAUUUGAAUCACGGGCUGAAGAAAGCCGUGUGACCGGUGAUCCAGCACGAAUGCUUAACAAUGGCUGGGCUGCUGGGAGACUUCACUCUACGGUUAAAGGCGGUGAGGAUAAUUUCGUCUUAAGCUCAAACAGAGUUCUAAGAUAAGUUAUGCAAGGGAAAGGCAGACUCCAUUGGAGCAGCAGAGAAUAAUCAAUUUUUUUUUGUUUUUGUUUUUGUUUUUGUUUUUAACCACGAAUGAUAUUUGCUUCUUCUGUUACUGUAUAACCUAUUGGGUUCUCUGGAAUAUGAAUUUAUAUAAUUUUAAAAAUUUGUAAUGUGAGUGUCUGAGUGAUCAAUAUAGACUGUAAAAUUGUAAGAAGACUCGAGAGACUGUAAAAGUUCAUCACAGUGUCUUAGGCUCU